AUGACAUCGGCAACUAUUGCCCAAUCUGCUUACUGUCCGUCAUCUACAAGCUCUUUACAAGACACGAUUGACCACAUUCACACUGUUUCGAAACUCAUCGAGGUAUCACGGGAGUACAAGAUGCCGCUCUGUCUCACCUUCAUCGACUUGAAGAAGGCUUUCGACACAUUUGAGACGGAAGCUGUCGUGGAAGCCUUGGACAACCAAGGCGUCCCUACUUAG